AUGGAGCUUCACCACAGGCUCAGGCGUGACCCUUCGUGGCACCCCAGCGGCUGCAACAUCUGCGGUCAGCUGGGCCACCAGGCGGCGCAAUGCACGACCGGCACGGUCAACUGGCGGGCCAUGUACGGCGAGAGCGCCUUCACCAUGCAGCGCGCCGUGUUCCAGAGCGACGUGGAGGCCAAGCGCAAGGCCAGCGGCAAGCUGAUUGAUUUCUCAGACCUGGAGAAGCGGGCCAAGGACUAUGCGCAGAUGCGCGAGGAGCAGGGCGGGCCACCGCCGCAGCAGGCGCCGCCCCAGGGCUCGCGUCGCCAGCAGCACCCGGCAGCGGCGGGCGGCCCACCAGCGGCAGCAGCAGCGGCGCCGCCGCCUGCCGACCCAGCAGCCCUUGAAGCUGCGGAGCGGAAGCGUGCGGCGGAGGAGGGGCUGCCCCCGGGGUGGAGCGUGGCCUUCGAUGCGCAGAAGAAGCCCUACUUCUGGCACAAGCAGACCAAGAAGGUGCAGUGGGACAAGCCCACGGCAGACACACCCAUCAACUGA